AUGGAUCCCCGUCCCCGUCCAAAACGCUCUCGCUUCGUCCUCUCUGCCCUUUUGCUGGCUCUUCUCGAUGUCGCUGUGGCCAUCCCAUAUACACCUUCUUCAGUUUUCCUCUCCCCGAAACACAAUGACUCAUUGGCAUACCUCUUCCAGCCCAGCACCUCUGCUGCCGGCAAGACGCAGUUCCUCUCCUUGAACCUGUCUACCAACAUCAACACCGACAGUCCAUCAUAUCGUACCUUGUUGGAAACGACCCCAUUCCAACGCUCUGACAAGUCCUCGGCCUUUAUCCCCGUCAUCGAUGACCAUGGGACCGUCACGGUCUAUACAGGCGAUUGCCAGAGCUCAUCGGAGAACCCGGCACUAUGGCGCUUCAACCCAGACAACAGCAGUGCUACGGGCAAUGGGACGUGGGAGCAGUUGCCAGUCAACCCUGGCGAGGGAGCAACAAAACCAAACUACCUGGCGGCCGGGUUCGCUUUCGCCUCCAGCAAUACCAGUGACGGCUCCAUGUAUGCCUUUGGUGGGAUGUGCCCAUUCCACAACACCACGGACCAAAAUUGGAUAUCAUCGGCAAAUUACUCCCAGGCCAUGGUGGUUUUGAGCCCUACCUCAUCUCAUAGCACCAAGUAUAAUGCUGCAACGACAGGCCACCGCACACCCCCCGUCGCCGAGGCGGGAAUGGCGAUCGUUCCGCUGCCGGCGGCCUAUUCAAUGGCCUCGACAGGAAAGCGACAGGACUUCCUGUUUAUUGGUGGCCAUACCCAGCAGGCUUUUCUGAAUAUGUCCCAACUUGCAGUCUUUUCCCUGCCCCAGGAAAGCUGGAGUUUCGUCAAGGUCAAUUCGGACACCAAGCCCAAAACGGAGCUGGUGGUUCGUGACAAAGCGGCCAUCGAGCCUCGAUCAGGCCACACUGCAGUUCUCUCCGAGGACGGCAAGAAAGUUUUUGUGCUUGGAGGUUGGGUCGGCGACACCGGUAUUCCUGCUGACCCCCAGUUCGCGGUCUUGGAGCUCGGAGAGGAGUAUGGCGGAACUGGUGAAUGGACCUGGACCAUCCCAUCGUCGCAAAGACCUGGAAUUGCAAAGGGCGCAGGGAUCUUUGGACAUGCUGCGGCAAUGCUUCCGGGAGGAGUUAUGAUGAUUGCUGGAGGCUACAGCAUCCCGAAACCAUCCUCGAAGCGGGCCACGUCUGCAGCCCAGCCCAAUGCGCAGGUCUUUCUCUACAACGUGACUUCGAAUAAUUGGGUUUCUUCUUACUCUCAUCCUUCGGCUCACUCCACAGCCCCGUCGCCAGCCAGUGCCGGUAGUGCUCUAUCCUCGUCGCAGAAGGCUGGUCUUGGGGUUGGCCUGGGUCUUGGGGUUCCCGCUGCUAUCGCCAUUUCUCUUCUUGCUUGGAACUACUACCGCAAACGAGGUGUGCGCAGAAACCGCGAUUCACAACUUCGGGAAUUAGCCCUGGGCGCCGAACGUGCUCACUUCUGGGGCCGGGACGACCCGUUCCAGGCAAGCAGCAUUCGCAGCUCUCAAAUGAGCGAACGGCCAGAUUCUGCCAAAGCCUAUCCUUGGUCUGAGAAUCGCGGCCACGCUGCGCGGCCGGCGUGGAAAGAUCAAGGAGAUGGUUCAGCGGAAAAUACGGGAUUGCUCAUGGACGCCCCUAGUCCUUCCCGAAACAGCCGCCCGUUCAUGAAUUCCAGAUCUCAUAGGUUGUCUGGGUACACUGAAUACCGGCGCAGUGAUCCAGUGAGCGAUAUUCAUCCCAUUGACGAGCGCGAGGAGGAUGAAGCUAUCUUUCGAGAACGCCUUAUGGCGACUAUUCCUUCCGGAGACAAGCCCCAGCCGUCCGAGCAAAGUGAUCCUUUUUCAGAUACACCAUUCGCAACUCCUCGUAGUACCAUCUUCGGCGUUGGCCUGGGCCCUUUCUACACUCGAAGAAAGGAUAUCGGACCCGCCGAAGCAGAUGGCCGGGCCUCCCCAGCCAAGAGUGAUCGUACAUCCACGAACCUCUCAGAGAGUUCGAUAUUCUCCGCUAAAACUACAAGCCAAGUCUCGCAGGCGCGGGCCAUUCUGGUGGACCGACCAUUGAGCUGGGCAAGCAGUGACCGCCACUCACUUGAGCAACUGGCAGUUGCAUCUACGCACAGCAAGGAAACGGCGCACAGCGACCUAGAUGGGUUUCACUCACUGUCGGAGAAGUCUUUGUCGGCAGACUCUUACUCUACCGCCCAGACCACUGUUGCCCAGCAUCAGGCAGAGAACCAAUCACUGCUCUUCGACCCCAUUGACGCUAUCAUCCCACCCGAAUCUUCGCCCUCGAAGCUGCCGCCAGCAUCGAAACCCAAGGCAUCCGACUGGAUGAUGCAGACCAUGCGACGAGCCCUCACUCUCACCCGCCGUGGCGCAGCCGGCCAACCGGACGCUAAUACUGUGCGCUUGGCCUCUGGUAUUGAUCGCCGAAGCACCGUGAUCGGCUCGGGCCCACAAAGUAAUAGUGCCGGAUCCAAUAUUCCCCGCCGAACAGUCAGUGCCUCGGCAGAACUGUUCCGACGCAAGCAAGGCGCCAAAGACUGGAAUGCUAGCAAGAGAAUGUCGGAUGGUGUCUUCGGUACGCCGCGGUCCACGCGCGACGAUCUCUUCCUAGGAGCUCCCGGCUACCUCGGCGACGAACAAGAGAUCGAUGAUGAAGACUGGGAUAUCGAAGGUGCUGCAGAAGGUCGCCGUGUCCAAACGACGUAUACAGUUCCCCGAGAGAAGCUUCGCGUCGUUAACGCUACUGCCAGAGACAUGGAUAAUAUCUCUGAGCGGUCGAUCAGUCGCAGCAACAACGAUUUGAUGGGAACACGUCGAGUAAGUAGUUAA